AUGUCGCAAGAUCCUCGUGUGCCGCAGUCUGACAAUGGCGAGAGCGGAAGAGCACCACCGACAGCCAUGUCGGGGGACGCGCAGUUGCUGGGGCAGGUACUGCCCAUCUUUCGGCAGGCGUGCGAGAUCCUGGCUCGCGAGGAAAGCGCGACUGAGAUCAAGAAGUUCUACUGGCAUGUGAGCGCUCGCACCAUCAUCCUCUCGAAUCUUUAUGACGACGCACCCGACAUCUUUUGUGCCAGCCUAGCAAACAAUCGCAUGGCCAUCAGGCUUCUUCGAUCCCUCGACCGCGUUGUUGACCUGAGCGAAGCGCCUUUCGGCGAGGAGGGCGCCACCGCUGACCUCGCCACAAGCCGCAAUCUUCCUGCUGGUGAUUUUGACGGUCUCAACGCCUUGAUACAGACCUGGGCCGGCAACGUUGGUAGUCAAAGCAUUGACAACGCCUCAUUCGCGCUGUGGCGUCUCGACUUUGGCUCUAAACAACGCCGCGAUGAUUUGAUCAGCCAGCUCAAGGCGGCCGAGGAAACAUGUCAGGCGGGGCAAAGGACUAGCAAGUCACAUGUUGACUCAGAGAACGACAUCGGCAGCAAGCAGAGGAGCAUGCCGCCGCUUCAUAUAUGGCCUCUGGCCCGAUCAGUCUACUCAGCGCUCGACUCCUCAAAGACUGACAUGUGCGAUACCUGCAAGGUGCCCCACGGAUACGGCGCCCGCCUCUGCAUCGAGACGUACCGGGCCCAGAGCUACGCUCAGGAGUGUGACUUUAACAUGUUUCUCGGCCUCGACCAGCUGUGGCAUGAAGCACGCAUCCGGUCGGUCACCAGGUCCAUGGUCAAGUUCGUCGUCGAUGAAGCCAGCAGCGCGGACGAUACUGGCUCACGACCGAAGGCAAGAAGCGCCCGCCGUGGCAGGACCGAGACAAAGGUGAAGUACUUGUGUCGCCAGAUUAAAGACUCCAAGACCCGCUGGAUGUACCGAUUGAACUUCGAGCUCAGAAACAACGAACUUUGGAAGAUACCAUCUGAACCGAGCAAGUUUCAGAUUGACAAGUCAGAGGAGGCCGCUACACUGUCACAGUUCAUCAAGGAACGCCCCCACGUCCUCAACGGCAAGACAAAACGGAUCCUUGCCGUUCUUUUGGGGUAUGCGGUGCUCCAUUUUUACGGCACGGGCUGGAUUCAGCCCACCUUAUGCUCCGACGAUAUCCUGUUCUUUAAGGCAAAGGGAGGAGUUCCCUUGAAGCCAUAUCUACAGAUUCGACCGGGCCUUGCACACUCACAGUCCUGCCCAGCGGCCGAAGGAGCCGACGGUGGCGAAUCAGACCCCGAUGACGAUUUGUUCUACCAUCCCUACCCAUGUUUGGUCAAUUUGGCACUCAUGCUUAUUGAGCUGCACCAGGCGAGGCCUUUGGAGACCAUCGCCUGGGAGCAUCACCUGACAGUAUCGCCCGAAAUGAGCAACGAAGAAAGGUUCUUAGUCGCUGGACAGAUAUUCGACGCUUGCAAACAUGAUUUCGAGGAUCAAACUAGCAUGGCUAUUGAUGCCUGCUUGGACGUGACGAUAGGUGGCGAUGGUGAUGACGGUGAACCGGACGAGGACAGCCUGCGGUGUGCCAUCUACCAGAACAUCGUUCGAAGACUGGAAGAUGAAUUGGAGCAAGGGUACAGCUACAUUUCUGUCGAUGGCCUUGACGCCCUUGCGCAGACCCUGGACUUGACAAACCAUGGACGGCCAAUCCAGUCUGAGCCACCGUCAGCGCGAUCUGGAUCCCCUCGGACGAGACCACGGCCGGCUACGUCCCCUAGACGGGAACGGAGCGAUGAGCGUGGAGAAAGCGAGCGCAACGUACGCCAUAAAACGCUUCAAUAUGGCGCGCUGAGACCGCGCGAAGAGGAAUGGGCCUCUUAUCCACCGAGACUCAGUUUCUUUGACGAUCAGGCAAACCCCGAUCUGGUGUCCACAGCAAGAAAGCAUGCCUACGUGUCCUGGAAGGACAGCGUUCGUGGUGUGUAUAAUAGGUUCUUGCCAAACGUCGCGAGAAGGCACCCGGUCAGGAUUGUCGUUCUGGACAGUGGAAUCGACAUGGACCAUCCCCUUUUCGCCUGCAACGACAACAUCAAAGCAGCGGUGUCGUACGUAGACGGAGAUCAAAAUAGCGUCCGCGACGUGAGCGGCCACGGUACACAUGUCACAAGUUUGCUGCUCGAUUACGCACCAGAAGCCGACAUAUAUGUCAUGAAGAUCGCCGACAAUGAUCCGGCUAUCAAUGAUGUCGUAAGGCAACGGAAACCCGACAUCAUCUCCAUGUCUUUUGGGUGGCCAGCUCGAGACAGUGGAUACAGUCAAUUCGAAAACGCUCUCAAAAACGCCCGCUUCCACGACGUCCUCAUCUUCGCCGCCGCAUCCAAUGACGGCGCCAACGCGAAGCGAGCCUGGCCAGCCAGACACCAAGACGUCAUAUGCGUCCAUGCCACCGCCGCAGAUGGGACGCCAUCCCCAUUCAACCCCGUUCCAAUAGCAGGAGACAAUUUUGCCACGGUGGGAGAGGCCGCGGAAGGGGCCUGGCCACUGCAUCUCUGCGACAUGGCAGCUAAUCAGAGCUGCCUCACCUACAAGUCGGGAACGUCGUACGCGACUCCGAUACUGGCGGGGAUCGCUGGAUUUCUACUGCAGUACGCCCGGGAGAACCUCCCAGCCAAGGAGGCCGCAAGGCUGAAGCAGCUCGACGGAAUGGCAACCGUGUUGCGUCGCAUAUCUGUGGUCAAGCAAGGCUACAACUACAUUGGCCCCCGCUUACACCCGGACAACUUCUUUGGCAAGGGCGAUGUAUACGUCAAAGCAAACCUGAAAGAGGCCCUGUCAUGA